AAUUAAAUGAGUCGCGGUGUGAUCUGCGCUGAUGCUCCGCGCGUGUUAAAUCAACGGGUGUCGAGAAAAUCCACACGCCUGCUUUCCAACAUAUUCUUCUAGGCAUUUAUCUCUCUUUUGGUAUUUACCUUUGAUUUUGUGGUGUUCAUUGGACGCUUUUUGUUCCUCAGGAUUCACCUCAGCCCGGGAUAUCUAUCAGCACAGCAUCGCACUGUUUUGAAGCACACUGUAAGCUUGUGAGGAAAAGGUGGCUAAACAUUCAGGGCUCAGAUGUCGGGAGUAAAUGACGACCACUAUGUUCAUUAUUACAUCCAGCAACACAACACCUCAAUCGCUCAAUCUGAGAUAUUCUUGUCUAACUUACAUCCCUGCUCCAGCAUCGAAACAAUGGAGGUUGGACUGUUACAGCUGAUCUGAGGGAUCAUCAGCAAAACAAUGAAUGAAGUAGGAGCCGGUGGGCGGCCCAGAGGGCAGCAGAAGUUCUGCAGUCUGGAUGUGGAUGAAGAGAAACGCAUGAGUUCGUGUAGCAUGGACGUUAAAGAAAACUUGCUGGGGGAGGGGCCUCACUUAGCCAAUGGAAACACUCGAGGACUGAGCAGAAAACGCCCUUUGGAGGAGGGCAACAAAGGCCACGGCCAUUCCAAAUUCCGGCCCAAGAAGCGCAGGAAACCACAAGGCCCGAUCUUGCCGAAAAAUGCUCUAAUGCAACUGAACGAAAUCAAACCAGGACUGCAGUACAAACUCCUGUCGCAGACGGGGCCGGUACAUGCGCCCGUGUUUGUUAUGACCGUUGAGGUUAACGGACAGUUAUUUGAGGGCUCAGGCCCAACAAAGAAGAAAGCCAAACUGAAUGCGGCUGAAAAAGCAUUACGCUCUUUCGUUCAGUUUCCCAAUGCAUCCGAAGCUCACCUUGCGAUGGGACGUACGCUAACCGUUAACGCAGACUUCACCUCAGAUCAAGCUGAUUUCCCAGACAUGCUGUUUAAUGGAUUUGAGACGCCCGCACCACCUGAUGACCCCUUCUACUUGAGUCUCGGGAGCAAUGGGUCUCUAUGCUCCCUAAGCGAAUACCCAUUGCCCGUGGCGCUGAAAAACAACAACAGAUCACAUCCUCCUCUCCCACUACCCCCUCCACUCACAACGGCCCCUACAGGCAGUGGCAAAAAUGCUGUGAUGAUCCUAAAUGAGCUUCGGCCAGGACUGAAGUAUGAGUUUGUGGCUGAGAGUGGCGAAAGCCAUGCCAAGAACUUUAUAAUGGCAGUUACCGUAGAUACUCAGAUGUUCCAAGGUUCCGGACGGAAUAAGAAGCUGGCAAAAGCGAGGGCGGCCCAAGCAGCACUGUCAGGACUUUUUAAUAUGCAACUGGACCAGACGCCAUCCCGACAGCCAAUCCCAAGAGAGGGACUUCAGCUACACCUGCCUCAGGUCCUUGCAGACGCUGUCUCUCGUUUAGUUGUGGAAAAGUUCAGCGAGCUGACAGAUAACUUCACGUCACCACACGCACGGCGGAAAGUCCUUGCGGGUGUUGUCAUGACCACUGGUACGGAUGUGAAGGAUGCUCAGGUGAUUUGUGUCACCACGGGGACCAAGUGUAUAAAUGGGGAGUACAUGAGUGAUCGAGGACUGGCCCUUAACGACUGCCAUGCUGAGAUCAUCGCACGUCGCUCCCUCAUCAGAUACUUGUACAGUCAGCUGGAAUACUUUCUCAGCGACAGCACUGAGGAACAUGAGAAAUCCAUAUUCAGACGGUGUAGUGAACAUGGCUACCGGCUAAAAGACAAUAUUCAGUUCCAUCUGUAUAUCAGCACGUCGCCCUGUGGAGACGCCCGGAUCUUCUCCCCUCAUGAGGCUGGUGCCGAGGACCAGGGCGACCGGCAUCCAAACCGCAAGGCCCGCGGACAACUGCGAACCAAGAUCGAGUCUGGAGAAGGUACAAUACCUGUUCGUACGAGUAACACCAUUCAGACCUGGGAUGGAGUGUUGCAGGGAGAACGACUGCUAACCAUGUCGUGUAGUGACAAGAUUGCCAGAUGGAACGUGAUCGGAGUGCAGGGGUCUCUUCUGAGUUACUUUACAGAGCCCAUCUAUUUCUCCAGUUUGAUUUUGGGAAGUCUGUACCAUGCAGACCAUCUUUCCAGAGCCAUGUACCAGCGCAUCGCCGAGAUGGACGAUCUUCCCAAGUCGUUCGCCCUCAACAGACCUCUUCUUAGUGGUAUUAGUAACACAGAAGCAAGGCAACCUGGAAAAGCUCCUAAUUUUAGCGUCAACUGGACAGUUGGAGAUCAGGGGUUGGAGAUUAUUAACGCCACCACAGGAAAGGAUGAUCUCGGAAGACCGUCUCACCUUUGUAAACACGCCCUCUACACUCGCUGGGUCUGUCUGCAUGCCAAGCUCAGUGAGACUAUGCGGAUCCGAGGAUCUCGGCCAGGCUCCUACCACGAGACGAAACAAGCGGCAGCAGAGUAUCACGCAGCCAAACAGACUCUCUUCAAAGCUUUCUACAAAGCAGGACUUGGAGCGUGGGUUGAAAAACCCAUCGAACAAGAUCAGUUUUCCCUUACUUCUUAAGAUAAACCGAGAGAAAGGGAUUGUCGGCAAGAGAUCUUUUGUACAUUUACAUGGAAUGCAAGGUUUUAAUCUAACCUCCAUAGUUGUUAUUUUUCGCCUCUGUUAUUACUGAAAGUUGCUUGGUUUCUUUUAUCUGUAAAAACAUGGUUGUGUUCACUCAAAAAAACAAGAUUCUAGCUGAAAACUUGGCGCUGGGUAAAACGUAGACAGUACCUUGCGCUGAACCAACUAAUCAAGGUGGCUUGUUAAUCACUUUGACUAUAAAGCUGGUUUAUUUUACUUCAGAAUGAUUUUAAAAUACAUCUAUAAUUACCUAAAUAUUAAUUAUAAGUUUGGUUUCUACUCUUCUGCGAUACCCAACUGUGGACCACUGUCUUCACUCCAGUUAAAUAAUGUAAGACUACAGAAGUUUUUGUCUCACAUUAGUUCACUUCCAGACUAAAAAAUUUCAUUCAUUUGACCCCUACAAGACAACAAGACAAGAUGUUCAUGUCUUUCUUUCUUCAGAAAAGAAAUUAAGUUUUUUUAAUAAAAAGGUUCCAGGAUUUUUCUCCAAAUAGUGGACUUCUUUGGUGGCCAGUGGGUUGAAGGUCCAAGUUGCUGUUUCAGUGCCGCUUUCAAGGGGCUCUACACGAUCCCAGGCGAAGAAUAAGGGUCUUAUCUAGCAAAAUGAUCAGUCAUUUAAAAAAAAAAAAAAUUAAUCAUGCAUGCAUGACAAAGGCAGAAAGUCAAACGCCCUUUACAAAAAAACAACGUUGGACGAUUUUGAAGUUGGUGGAGAAAACGAGAUGGAGUUUUUCAUACCAUAUAUUUUUUUUUGUGCACAGAUGAAGAGCUAACUGUGCAUGACCUUUCCAGCGUGAUUAUGUAAUGUGUUAAGUCACAGAUGCGCAUUGCAGAGCUAGUGCAGGAUGAGCAUUUGUGGUUAAAAAUUAUAAAAAAUUUUUUUUUUUUUUUUUAGAUAAGAACCUUAUUCUUUAGGUGGAAUCAUGUAGAUCCCUUUGAAGCUGCACUAAAAAAUUCUGUUUUUACGGGCUAUAACUCCCUUAUAACUCCCGAACUUAUAAACCCUUAUAACUCCCUGGUCGAUCACCAAUGCGACUGCCCCCGCACCCCUUGACCCCUAAGUCCCCUGAGACGGGGACAAACUCCACCAAACUCGGGGCAAAGUUUGGGCCUUUAGCCCGUUGGUCCUCAUUUAAGUCACUAUAUGGAAAAAAAACCUGGAAUGUUGUUUUUUUUUUUUUUUCAAAAACCUUCAUUUCUUUUCGACUGAAAAAAGAAAGACAUGAACAUCUUGGAAGUGAACCAAUUCUUUCAUUUCCCCACAGGAAGUUUUCUCUCAGGACAGGAGACAAACUGAUAUAUAUUAUGGUUGCUUUAAACCAGCAGCUUGGUUGUGCAAGAAAUGCACAACAUUGUGAAAAUAACUUGAGAUGCUCAAUACAAAAUGUGUGUGCUGGUACAGAUAUCUGUUAAAUAAAACAUGAUAAUUGAUACCUCUGGGACCAGUGGUGGUACUGUGCCACCUUUUUAAAUGCCCUAAUAUAACAUUAUGUAACUCAGAGUACAAUUAAAUAAUUUUAUCCUCUAUAGCAUCUUUUUGACAUUUAGCUAACUUAAGGUGCUUAAAUAACAGUCAAGCUAUGAUAAUAAAAAUUAAGUUUAACAGGCCAGAAAUGUUUUAUUCGUUGCAUGAGUUUUGUAUUGGCCUGCUUUUUCAUAGGACAUAAUUAGCUGUUUAAAUAUGUCUAAUAACUCCAAUAGUUACACAUAUAGGCAAAUAUCAGUAAUUGACCUAUAUGUGUAGCUAAAAAUAACCCAACAAAAUGACCCAACAGGCUCAGCCCAGUUUUAGGUAAAGUCAAAACCAGUGUUUUUUUAUUUGUUUGUUUGCUUAAUACUUGUAAAUGUAUUUUUAUGUCUAAAACCACAUUUCUAUUUAUAAAUUUGAUAGUUUUCUGUUUAACCCUCUGGGGUCUGAGGGGGUUUUGGGGCCCUGUAGAAGUUUUGACAUGCCCUGACACUAUUUUCAGUAUCUUAAAAACAUAUUAAUGGCUAAAAUCAUCAGCACAAACUGGGGAACAAUAAUGUGGAUUAUCAAAAUUGAUCCUAUUGAUUUUCGUCAUCCAGUUUCUUGUUUAAUGUUAAGAAUGUGAUGCCAUUUUAUUGGAAAUAAUAAAGACUGAACUGUAUCACCAGAAAUCUAAAUAAAUUAGAUUUAUAAUUCGGGAAAAAGUGAUUGUACUUAUGUAAAUACUAAUUUACAAUGUUACAGAUUUCAGAAAACAGCUUUAGAUUUCAUACUGAUUACUUUGGCCUUGCCUCAAAUGGCGUUUAUGUGGAUUUGUGUUCCUGUUUGCAUGUGUCCAUGAAUUACACUAGACCGUAAGGUGUCCCAUUUAUCAUUUUAUGAUUUAGAAGGGUGCUUUGUAGCCACAGUGUGCACUUUUGCACAGUUGGUUUUCAACCCAAGAGUCUAUGCUGCAUUACGUCACCAAAGUGUGAAGUCCUCGAGGACUGAGAGCAACAUUUGGGACCAGGCUUUUAUUAUUUGGUUUGACUCAGCUCCGCAGGAGCUCUAGAAUCAUUGUAAACUCUAGAACUCAACCUAGAUAUGUCGAGAACUUGUCUUGGAAAAUUCCCAUGAUUCUACUUUGUUCUGCAAUUCAGGAUGCUCUUUGUUGUCUGAACUAGAGUCCCGCAUGGAUUCGGUUUGAACUGGUUCUGCCGGGCCGGAAUCAGAAGUGCUGCAUCUAAGCAAAGACUCGAAGGCUUGCAUGAGUUUUCACAUGAGAGGAAAAGUAUAAAAGGAACUGUACUUGUAAGAAAAUAAAACGUCUUUGUGAUUUAUCGUUCUCUUUGAUUUUUAGUCUGUUGAACUUUUGUUUUCAAACAACUUCAAAAGUAACUGCAACGUGCUUCUCCUAUAAUCCUGAAAGUUGUACUUGUAAACUGUAUUUUGUGCAAUUGCGCUGACUUCUGAAAGCUUGAAAGUUUUAAAUACCCAAACAAUUUAAUAGACUUGCUGAGGGAUUAAAAACACAUUAUCAGUGUUCUGUGCGUUCUUGAGAACAAAAGAGGUUCAAGUGGAUUCGUUUCUGGAAUUCUAAUUCCCCUAAAUUAUGACCUUUUGUUUACCCGCAAUAGCGACAUGCAAAAUGAAGCGAUUAGCGGUGUGGUAAUCGCAGUGACUAGAGUGAAAUUGUGUUUAUCUGAGCUCACAGGCUCGUUGUGGCGGAUUGGUCUUUGAACAAUGGCACUUUCGGCUAAAGUGCUUUUAUCCGUGACUCCUUUAAUUCGCAUUCUAGAGUGUUUGCUUUCUUUUUCUCUUUUUACAUUACCAUUUAUCAGUUUUGAGGGCUGUAGCCUUUGUUUCUUUAAAGAAUGCAAGA